AUGGAUAACUCAACAAAAUCGAAUGUCGAAUGCUGCGAAUCCUCGUCAAGUGGCUGUUGCAACAAAAAUCCCAAAAUGUUCCCAGACAAAAAAUACAAAGAACCCCAGCCCAAAGGAAAUGAAGUUACAGGAAUGACAUGUGAAUGUGGUGUAUUUGGUGCUAUUGCAUGUGGAGAUUGGCCAACACAGAUUGAUAUCGCCCAAGUGAUUUGUUUAGGUUUGGUGGCAUUGCAGCAUCGUGGUCAAGAAUCAGCCGGCAUAGUGACAAGUGAUGGCGCAUCAUCGAAAAAAUUCAACGUACACAAGGGCAUGGGCAUGAUUAAUAAUCUGUUUAAUGAUGAGGCGAUUAAUCGGCUGCGUGGCAAUUUGGGUAUUGGUCAUACACGCUAUUCCACAGCUGCCGCUUCGGAAAUGGUGAAUUGCCAGCCAUUUGUGGUGCACACCUCCCAUGGAGCUCUGGCCAUUGCCCAUAAUGGUGAAUUGGUUAAUUGUGAACAGCUGAGAAGAGAGGUCCUUGAUCGUGGUGUUGGUUUAUCCACUCACAGUGACAGUGAAUUGAUUGCCCAGUCGCUGUGUUGUGCCCCCGAGGAUGCCUCCGAACAUGAUGGCCCCAAUUGGCCAGCCCGUAUACGCCAUUUCAUGACUUUAGCACCCCUCUCCUAUUCCCUUGUUGUCAUGCACAAGGAUAAAAUUUAUGCCGUUCGUGAUUCAUAUGGUAAUCGUCCUUUGUGCAUCGGUAAAAUUGUUCCCAUUACCUUGGGUGCUGGCAAACCAGAAGAUGCCCAAGCCGAAGGUUGGGUGGUGUCCAGUGAAAGUUGUGGUUUCCUAUCGAUUGGUGCCCGCUAUGUGCGUGAAGUGGAGCCGGGUGAAAUUGUAGAGUUGACACGCAACGGUUUCCGUACUGUCGACAUUGUUGAACGUCCCGAUUACAAACGCAUGGCCUUCUGUAUAUUUGAAUAUGUUUAUUUUGCACGCAGUGAUUCGAUAUUUGAAGGUCAAAUGGUUUAUUCAGUGCGUCUGCAGUGUGGCCGGCAAUUGGCCCGAGAGUCACCGGUUGAUGCGGAUAUUGUGAGUUCAGUGCCGGAGUCGGGCACAGCGGCGGCUCAUGGUUAUGCCAGAGAGUCUAAUCUACCAUUUGCCGAGGUACUGUGUAAAAAUCGUUACGUAGGACGUACCUUUAUUCAGCCCUCUACACGUUUACGUAAAUUGGGUGUUGCCAAGAAAUUUGGCGCCCUUUCCGAAAACGUCGAAGGCAAACGUGUGGUUUUAAUUGAUGACUCUAUUGUGCGAGGUAAUACCAUCGGACCCAUUAUUAAAUUGCUAAAAGAUGCCGGAGCCAUAGAGGUACAUAUACGUAUUGCCAGUCCUCCAUUGCAAUAUCCAUGUUAUAUGGGUAUUAAUAUACCCACCAGAGAGGAAUUGAUUGCAAAUAAAUUAAAUGCCAAGCAAUUGGCUUCCUAUGUGGGUGCCGACAGUUUGGCUUAUUUGAGUGUAGAGGGUUUAGUCAAAGCCGUUGAAUACAACAAAACCAGUUCAAAUCCCACCAAAACUGGUUAUUGCACAGCCUGCUUGACUGGCGAAUAUCCAGGUGGCCUGCCCGAAGAACUUAGCUGGUAGCUGCUGUACCGC